UCAGAGACAUUAAUAUUGCUCCCUAGCUUCUAGGAUUGCAUGGUUGCCACGUACGACUGCGGACGCUGAACAAUACCCGAUUAAGAAGUUCAUCAGACAUCGGGAUCUUGAAGUAGCAUUUGCACCGUGCCUGCGGGGGAUACCGGCCGGGUGCGGGCCGUGAGGGGGAGGCCUUGGAAGGUAAUCGCCUGCCGGCACAUGCGGAGAAGGGUCCGAUGCGCGCACCCCUCCGCGGGGUAAGCCGCGGCUCUGUGUUUCCGCCCGUGUGUAUUAUUAUCUGACAGUCAGUUGUGAUUCCGCCGGAAAGGAAUCAACAUGAUCUGUUACCUGGACGAAUCCACUAUAACCACACGUAGUAUUGAGACACCAUGUCAUUCGCAGCUGAAGCCCACUCGGACGUGCCAACUCUCCCCAGCGCCCACUCGGGUAUACCCGCCUAUUUGCUCGAGAAGGCGCGGAAAGAAAAGGAGGUAAUUUUCGAAACGAGAACAAAACCGCAAAAUGAACGCCAAAGGCUGCCGGUUGUGCCACAGGGCAUUGAAAGAGACGAGUUCCUCAAGGCACUCGCCGAGCUCAAGGAGCAGCUCGGCCAAGAAAAUGUUGAGAUCAACGACAAGCCUCUUAAGGACGGCUGGUACAUGGAACACCCCAACACGCACGACAUGAUGACUAUCCUUGACGAGGAAGAAUUCGUUGCCUCAGCUAUCGUCUACCCGGGCAGCACGGAGGAAGUGCAGCAAAUCGUCCUCUGGGCAAACAAGUAUCGGAUCCCCAUCUUUCCGAUAUCGAUGGGCCGGAAUUUGGGAUACGGCGGCGCGGCGCCUCGAGUCCGUGGCUCCGUGACCAUCGACCUCGGGAAGCGCAUGAACAAGAUCCUGGACAUCAACGCUGAAGACUACACGUGUCUCGUGGAGCCGGGGGUUUCCUUUUAUGCCCUCUACGAGGCCAUCAAGGAGCGGGGACUCGAGGAUCACAUGUGGAUUGACACACCUGAUCUCGGGGGCGGAUCCAUCAUUGGAAACACGGUCGACCGCGGUGUCGGCUACACCCCCUAUGGCGACCACUGGGCUUGUCACUCGGGUCUGGAGGUGGUUUUACCGACUGGCGAAGUCAUUAGGACCGGCAUGGGAGCGCUGCCGGGGAAUAAUACCUGGCAGGCGUUCCCGUAUGGAUUCGGGCCGUUUUCGGAUGGUAUCUUUUCGCAGUCCAACUUUGGCAUCGUGACCAAGAUGGGCAUGACCCUGAUGCCGAAUCCAGGCGGACACGAAGCGUUUAUGUACACCUUUCCCAAAGAGGAGGACCUCGCUCCGCUUAUCGACAUCAUCCGCCCCCUCCGAAUCUCCAACAUCCUCGAGAACGUCGCCCAGCUGCGGCACGUAACACAGGCCCUCGCAGCACGCGGCCGCCCACGCACCGAAUUUUACUCGGGCUCCGGCCCGAUGCCCAGCGAAGCCGUACACGCCGCGGCAGCCAAGACCCCCGUCGGCGACCACGCGUGGGCGUACUACGGGAUGUCCUACGGCCCGCCGCAAGUGCGGGCGCACAAGCUGGCGCUGGUGGACGCCGCGUUCCGACGGAUCCCAGGGGCACGGCGCAUCGACCCUUCGACUCUCCCCGCGGACGAGUACUUUUGGGCGCGCGACCGGGUCGCUCGCGGGGUUCCUGAUAUACACGAGCUGCGCUGGGUCAACUGGCAACCUAAUGGCGCGCAUAUCGCCUUCAGCCCCGUCUCGCCCAUCCGCGGCGCCGAUGCUGCUAGGUUGUUUGCCUUGGGCAAGGAGGCGCAUGAGCGAUACGGGAUUGAUUUCUUUCCGGCCUUUUGUGUGGGGCUGAGAGAGAUGCAUCUGAUUGUGGAGAUUGUGUUUGACCGAGCGGAUGCUGGGCAGCGGAAGGCGGCGCUGGCGUGUCUAAGGGAUAUGGUGGAUGAGGCGGCUAAGUUGGGCUAUGGAGAGUACCGGACGCAUCUGGUGCUUAUGGAUCAGGUGGCGGGCACGUAUAACUGGAAUGAUGGGGCGCUGAUGAAGUUUAAUGAGAGGCUGAAGGAUGCGCUGGAUCCGCAGGGGAUUCUGGCGCCGGGACGGUGCGGAAUCUGGCCGAAGCGGUAUAGAGGUCGCGGGUGGGAGAUGACGAGGGAUAGUGGGGAGCGGUCGGAGGGUAAUGGCGUUGAUCUGGCUUGAGGGGGAGGACUGCCAUGUUUGGACCAGUGAA